UGUUAGUAUCUGGACUAUUGAGGUUAGAGGUGAAGGUGAGAGUGAAAGACAAAAGAAGUGCCGUUAUACUUUUGGUGUUAUCUAAUCGAUCCAACGACUUCUUCACAGCAGUCCCAUUCCAAAUCCAUAUCUCUCUCUCUCUCUCCUGAAAACUCACACUCUUCUCUCUCUAACUUUCUCUACUUCCACAGUACCGAACCAGUAUCGAGUUCCAACUGAUUUUGCCAUUGGUUUGAUUUUGUUACUAGCUUCUGGUUCAAUGCCUUCUGUAACCUCACCUCAGUGGCAAGAUAAGGCUUCUGGUUUCUUUUCUUCCUCAGGUGUCAAGCUUAAAGAAGCUAGGGAGUCAGCAGGAACAUUUGUUGGUGAGGUCACAAAGGAUACAAAGAGUAAUGUAGCCGAAGUGGCGGGACGAGUUGGGACGAUAGUCAAAAGUCGGUGGGCACUUCUUCAGCAGCCAUCCACAAGACAUGCCGUACAGGAUCGAAUGAUAUCAGCUGCUGCUACAACUGGUGCGUUCUUGAGGAGAGGUUUGUCGGGGACAAAAGAAAAAGUGGUUGUGGGAAAGUCCAAGGUUGAAGAGGUGGCAAAAGUAACAGCACAAAAGAGUAAAACUAUCUUGACAGACAUUGAAAGAUGGCAGAAGGGAGUUGCUAGGAAUGAUGUAUUUGGAGUUCCAAUUGAGGUUACUGUACAGAGGCAAGAUUGCAUCAAGCCUAUUCCUCAGAUAUUGAUCAAAUGUGCAGAUUAUCUUAUAGUAUCAGGAUUGAAUCUGCCAUAUCUUUUUAAAUCUGAAGGGGACAAAAAGGUUAUUCACCAAUUGGUUUCCCUAUACAACCAAGAUUCAACUGCUUCAGUGCCAGAAGGCUCAAAUCCAGUUGAUGUAGCAGCUCUUGUGAAAUAUUAUCUUGCUAGCCUUCCCGAGCCUCUGACAACAUUGGAGCUUUAUAAUGAGAUCAAAGGUGCUCGAUCCAAUAUAUAUUCCAUGAGAAACAUACUCAAGAGGCUUUCCAGUGUGAACUAUAUGACUCUGGAGUUUAUAACCGCCCUUUUGCUCCGUGCUAGCCAGAAGGCACUUCUCAAUAAGAUGGACUCUCGGAGCCUUGCAUUGGAAAUGGCACCUGUUAUCAUGUGGCAAAAGGAACAUAGACCUGAGUUUUAUCGUCAAUACUGGAGUCAAGUGUCAGAAAGUCCUUCCAAACAGAACUUGGAUCCAGAACCUGGUUCAACUACCUGGGACUUGCUUGCUGACGACGGUGAAGCCAUAGAUGCAUCUUCUUUUAUUCCUUUGGAUGAUGGCAUGCCAGUUGACUAUGGUGCAAUUGAGGUUGUUCAGUUGCUCAUAGAACAUCAUAAUGCAGUCUUCACUGAUGCCAACGAGACAGUUUGGAAAUGAAUGAUCAUACUCCUUAUCCUUCAUUGAUUCUUUGACUAGGAUGUAUUGAAUCUGAAAUAAUGUUCUCCAAUCCGGACAUGAGGAUAUCAUUGUAUAGCAGCUGUCUUUAGGCUGGGAAAUAUGUUGGAUAGUGGUCCAGUAGGGUAUCUGAUUUUCUAGGUCUUUUACAAAUUUUUGGUGUGUGGAGGGAUAUUGCAAAAGCACUGUACAGUUACUAUCCACUACCUGCAGAAAUUCUCAUCACAAAUGUGCUGUUAUAUUGUUGUCCUAAGCUUGAAUAAUGAUGAUUGAUCUGUUUAUAGUUUA